GGAGUAUUAAUCAAAACAGCUCGAAAGUUUCUUGUUUUUUUUCCGUCUUUAACACGGAGCUGUUUGUGAAUGUCCUCGUUUCACGCCGUUUAGAAGGACAGAAGUGUAGAGGAGAAAACACUGGACUGGACCUUCGGCUCAAAACAAAAGGCUCGGAGAGAGAGUGGACUGAAAUGAACGGGGACAUCAUAUGCAACGGACACUCGCCAUUUCACCGUCUCUUACAGCACAGCAGCUCGAAAUCACAGCAUCAUGAAGCCAUCGCUGUCAAACUCAUCCAAGACGGGAAAACUUCACGAUUAUUCUGCACGCAAAAUGAGCCACAGAAGCAUGGAGAUUCCAGGAGAGGCAGUACUGUGAAUGGUGAGUUCAUCCUCCCAAAAAUGGCUGUGAAUGAAGAGCUGCAGCACAGAGCUGAGGAGAAAACGCAUCAGCUGCACUGCACUGCCUCAUACAUCCACGCCAGCAGUGACGUCACUUCCCCCAGUCAGAGGAAACGAGCCUGUCGCAAAGUUCAAGUAAAGAAAUCCGCACCGAGAAUAAUGGUGAAGGGAAAAUGUUCUAUGGUGCGGCUAAAUGCCGAAGUUAUAAUAUUAAUGCAUAUGCCUGUUUUCUGUCAACAGUGUGAAGAGAAGAGGCACAUAGACAUGCUGAUCACAAACGGGAUUGAGAAUGGAAUGAUGGUCAGAUGCAUUGAAGGAAAGGGCAGGGGAGUUUUCGCCACACAGAAGUUCCAGAAAGGCCAGUAUGUAGUGGAGUAUCAUGGAGAUCUGCUGCAGAUAACGGACGCCAAACAAAGGGAGGCUUUAUACGCACAAGAUCCAGCCACUGGCUGCUACAUGUAUUACUUCCAGUAUCUCAGCAAAACAUAUUGUGUGGACGCUACGAAAGAGUCAGAUCGAUUGGGAAGGCUCAUCAACCACAGUAAAAAUGGCAAUUGUCAAACCAAACUCCAUGAUAUUAAUGGAAUACCUCACCUUAUCCUCGUGGCCUCCAGAGACAUCCAGGAAGGAGAAGAACUUCUUUACGACUACGGCGACCGCAGUAAAGCUUCGAUAGAAGCUCACCCAUGGCUGAAGCAUUAAUGUACUGAGAGGAGGGAAAAACACCUUGUUUCUUAACUAGACCGUUUUUAAUGUAAUCAUUGCCUUAGUAAACAGAAUGUUUUGGGCUAGUAAGUGUAUGGGUAUGUCACACAGUGACUUACAUGUCAAACACGUUAGAUUGCGGUACAUAUUCGACGUGUCCUACUUUUAAGAUAUUUAUCCUGCUCUAUGACAUGCUAGUUUCGGCACAUUUCUUUUUGUAUAUUUUAUAUAUUGGUAGAUCAGUGCUUCCAAAGCAUGCAGUUAUAGUCCAACUUUCUGCAUUUUUAUAAGAGUUUUCUUAAUCUAAUCUAAUGUAAGGUAGUUAGAGGCUUAGCAAUAAUUAUUUAUAAUGCCCAAACGUUUAUGUUUGAAGCAGAAAGCCGAUGCUAAAAGGAGCGACAUUUUAAAAGGUUCAGAAAACUGGAAUGUGAAACCAAACUUGGAUAUCAUUUGAAAUGUGACCGUUGUACAAUGCUGAGUGUGUCGUGAUUAACUUGAACAAAGCAGUACCUGUUACACAAAAACUGAGUGUUGAUGACCAAAAGCUGACUGAGAGUGUUCCAAUCAAUCUGUAUGAGAUGGUAGAUGCAUUGUUUAAAUAAAUGA